AUGCAACAGCUUGUCGCGUUGUUGGCGUGCUGCAUUGUCGUCGGACUUCCCGCGAUUCCAGCCUACGCGAAGACGACGGUCCACCUUGUGGCGCACACGCACGACGAUAUGGGGUGGCUGAAGACUGUGGAGCAGUACCAGUACGGCCUCAACAACACCAUUCAAAUGGCAGAUGUGAAUACAAUAUUAUCCAGCGUCAUUGGUGGGUUACUGGUGAACCCCAAGAGGAAGUUUACGUACGUUGAGAUUGGUUUUUUUUCUAGGUGGUGGGAGCAACAGAGUCCAGCGACGCGGAAGAUUGUGCAAGCCCUUGUUGCUGAAGGUCGGCUGCAGUUUGCCAAUGGCGGGUGGUGCAUGCACGACGAGGCCAGCACGCACUUUAUUGACAUGAUUGAUCAGACAACGAUCGGCCACCGUUGGCUGCGGCGGGAGCUGAAUGUUUCGCCCCGCGUGGGGUGGCAAAUUGAUCCGUUUGGUCACAGCGCCACACAAGGAGCGAUGCUGACGGCCCGCGUAGGGUUUUUAGGGACCUUCUUUGCCCGUGUGGACUUCCAAGAGUUCGAGUACCGUGCAAAAACGGGGAAACGACAGUUUUGGUGGCAGCCCAGCCCCUCAAUGCCGGAGCUGCGAACAUUCGCCGAGAUAAAUCUUCACCAAACGUAUUGCUCACCGCCGCACUUUAAGUGGGAUAUUUUGGACUACUUGCCAGGUGCACAAUGGGGCGGUGACCCAAUUACAAUUGUUGACGAUAACACUUCCGCACAGUACAAUGUCCCUUUCAUACUUAAGCAGUUUAAGGCUGAGGUGCGAGCCAAUAUGAAAGUGACACGUGGGAACAAUAUCAUGUGGACCAUGGGCUGCGACUUCAACUAUUUUUCAAGUGACCUGUGGUUCAGCAAUAUGGACAAGCUCAUUAAUAUUGUUAAUUCUGACGGGGAAUUUGCUGUGCGCUACUCCACCCCGUACGAGUACGUACUGGCAAAAAAAGAAGAAGAAACUGGCGGUGUUGUGUAUGACACUAAAAAAGGGGACUUCUUUCCGUAUGCGAGCUCUGCACAUGAGUACUGGACUGGCUACUACUCCUCCCGCCCUGCGUUGAAGCGUCUUGUACGACGACUGAGCAGCUAUUGGAUGGCUGCACGUCAGGUGGAGUUUUUUGCAGGUGUGCCCACCGGUGAGGUGCCAAUGAUGAGCGAGGCACUUGCCAUUGCACAGCACCACGACGCUAUAACCGGCACGGCGAAGCAGCAUGUAACGUUUGAUUACGUGAAGCGUCUUACUGCGGCCUAUGAGAACGAUUUCCGGGGUCGGUUACGCCAUGCGCUUUCGGUGUUACCUUUCAAGCUUUACAACGCACAACAUUGUCUCCUGUCAAAUGUUUCGGUGUGUUCUGCUACUGCUGACGCGCUUGCAAGGAAUGGUGCAUCGCUUACAGUUCUUGUGUGGAACCCAAGUGCUCACCCUGUACAGCGGGCACUUGUGCUUAUUCCUGUCCCACGGGCCGAUGUGAAUGUAUCCGGUGACGACGUCUUGCGGUACUCUGUUUUUGAGUCGCCGGUGCAGGUUGGUGACUAUUCAAAUGGGAACAAGGACUGGCAGCCUUACACAUUGGGGGUUGAGCUUUGCCUGCAGAGGCUUGCAAUGUUAAGGCUCUUCACCCCUUCAUUGCCACAUGGUGGUAGGCGGAAGUCUUACCAACAAGUUGCUUUUACGCAGAGGUUGGAAUCAGUUACGAAGGUGGAAAACUCUUUUCUCGUGCUUCAUUUUGGUCUGAACGGUCUCCUGGAAAGUGUCACUGUCCGAUCGACUGGACAAAAGGUGGCGGUGAUGCAGGACUGGUGCUAUUAUAACAGCAGAGGCCGCAUGAGUGCUGGGGUUGGAGGUGCCUACAUUAUGCGUCCCACUUGGAACGCCACCUGCUACCCCAUAACGGCGUCUUCGGUGGAACUCCGUCUCGUGGAUGCGGCGAUGGGAGUGGUGGAGCAACGCUUUGGCGACCAUCUUGUGCAGCGGGUGAUGCUUCGCGGGGAUGUUAUAGAUGUCGAGUUUACCUCUUUUGGCAUUCCUAUUGACGACGGCGUUGGCCGCGAGCUUGUUGCCCGCUUCCGCACCUCUGUGAAGAACGGAGAUGUGUUUUACACGGACAGCAACGGACGCGAGAUGCAGCGUCGGCGUGUGGACCACCGCAGCGACUACCCCUUUACCCAGAUGGAACCCAUCGCAGGCAAUUUCUACCCGGUGACGUCGCUUUUUUUCAUCAACGACACGCACGCUCAGUUCAGCGUGUUCCCUGAUGCCGCAAUGGCUGGCACGAGUCUUAAGAGUGGCGAGGUUCUUUUUGUGGUUCAUCGCCGUCUGCUGCAUGAUGAUGGGAAAGGCGUGGGGGAACCCUUGAACGAAACCGAGUUUGUCACGAGCUACGCAAAUUGCGUCCCAGCAAACAUGGAUGGGUGUGGCCGUCAUUAUGGCUCUUCGUUGCGUGUCCGCGGCACAUUGUCGUUUACGGUCUCGCAAAGUGGGCCAACAGUGAUGCGGCGAGUGCGGGAACAACAGGACGAGAAAUAUUAUACGCCACUUGUCAUGUAUUCCUCGACUUCCGCUCAUACUGCCUCCAGACUGGUACCGCAUAACAUGUCGUUUGGUGUGUCUUUGCCACCAAGCCUGCAGAUCCUUACACUCCAAUUAAUUGACAAACGGCAGUUGCUCCUGCGUCUUGGGCACCGUUACGCGGUGAGUGAGGACCCUGAGCGCUCGUUGCCUGUCGAGGUGGAUCUGCUGGCGCUUCUGAAGGGAUUUCAUUGGGUGAACAUCACGGGCAUCGAUGAAGUUUCUCUUACGGCUGCAGAGGUGGUGCGGCCGCGGGUCCACAAGGUGACGCUGCAGCCAAUAGAUAUCCGCACCUUUCUCUGCCAUGUGAGUUUGCCGUGA